AUGCGUCCAACUGAUGUCAAUUACAGAGAAAGGCGACAUAAGAGGAAUACAAUUAACCCACUUAUCUCUAGCAGCAUAUUGGAUCCAGCUUCGCAGCGACUAUUCAUAGUGUCAUUGUUUACGCUAAUUCAAAGUUGGAAAAUUUAUGAUCUAGUGCUAGUCAAAUCUGAAAUUGUUUCUUCAGAUGAGCAAUUGACAACCUUAACGAACUUCACGUUUGUUCUCAAAUAUGUUUUCAUUGAUGGGGGGUUCUUGUGGCUACUUCCAAUAUUAAAAAUCCCGCAUCUAGCAUUUUCACCUUCAAAAACCCUACUUUACAUAUUCAUUCUAAAUGGGUUUACGAUAUUUUUGGUAAGCAAUAUGGCAUUACCUUUGUUAUCCAAUAUCUUUUUGCCAAUUUGGAGGAUCAUACUACAAAGAAAUGAGCUCAAUAUCGUUGGAGAAUCGAUCAAUGUAGCUAAAGUUAUUGAUAUGGAUUCUCAUUUUAAAGGAAAAUUAACAAUUCACUACCUACCAGACUCGUCAGCUAAAAUGAAUCCAUUCCAUAUUGAUCACACUUGCUUAGAUUCCGCCAAUGGCAACACCAUUCAAAUGCCGAUUGAGUUCAAUACAACAUCAGGAAUAGGAUUUCUACAGAUUCAACAAAACACCGCAAACAACGAAUUGAAACUUUAUAAUUACACUGGGUCCUCGCUCAAGAAACUAUUCAGAAAGGACUACUCCCAUUUGAGAAACAAGAUUGAAUCCAAACCAAGUGAUCCUUUGUUUUAUUUGGAAUAUCCAAUUAGCGAGCCAGGUUCGUAUAAAAUCAAGAGUGUUUUAGAUAAAAAGGGUAAUAGCAUUAGGACAUAUAAGUCUGAAUUUUUUAUAUCAGACUGCCCGCUGGGAAAGUUUUUCUAUCCACCCCACUUCGAUUUUCAAAACAACCACAAGUGCCUAUCAUCCCUUGAGCAAGAAGCGUUCCCCGUACCUUGGUUAGAGAUUUACGGUCCUUCGCCACAACAUGUAAACCUUGUUAUUAGAGUGAAUGGAAAUGAGUACGAGUCGUUAAACAUAACAAUACCCAGCGAUUCUGAUCAUCAUGAGCGAUCAAAACCAGACUUUUCGUAUUUGAAGCCGUCAAAACUUGUUAGAAACUCAUUGGAGGAGGCUCUCAUACAAAAUAUAGACGAACUCAAAUGGAACAAAGAGACUACCGUUGAGUUUCAAUUGAUUUCGGUACAAGAUUCUUUUGGGAACUUACACAGGUAUCAACCACUUUCUAAAGAUAAAGAUGUAUGGUACAAAUUGAUCCUUCGAAGGUCGCCAUCUAUUGGAUUAGUAGAUCCCGAAAAAGAAUCUCCGCUUCUUUUGGGAGGGGGAAAGACAUUGAUGAUUUCAAAUGGGGAUAAGUUUGAUGAUAAAGACUUUCCACUUGACGUUGUUAUUUCACACGAUGGCUCCAACUUUACCACCACUUUUUCGAACAAAGCACAGUUGCGCAAAGGUGUGAAGGUAAAUGAGCCAGGAUCAUAUCAAUUAGUGUCUGCAAAUGAUGUGCAUUGUCCUUGUGAAGUUAUUGAUGCGCCACCAGUACAACUUGAGUUAGCGCAAACACCAGAUUUGGGUAUCCAUGCACAGCCGGAAAGUGACAGGUGCUUGGGAGUUGUCGGAUACAAGUUUGACUUCAACUUCACUGGUAGAGCCCCAUUCAAAGUACAAUAUCAAAUUUACUCAAACAAUUCUGGCAUUUUGAAACCAGUAGUAUUAGCUUCCGGCCAAAGGGUUCGUGAAUUGACCUCUCCGCUGGAUCAGCAUUCGUUCAAGUUUAAGCCACCAGGUGAGGGAAGUUAUACUAUCGUUUUUUCCAACUUAAAAGAUGGCAAUUAUCGAGAAAAGGGAUUCCCUAUCGACGAGUCAAAGUAUACAUAUCUGACAUAUUUCAGACUGGCAUCAGAGAUUUCAUUGAAGCUAGCUGGACGUGAAUUGCACACCUGCUAUGGUGUGCCUGCAAAGAUACCGAUUGUUUUUAAAGGUAAUGGUCCCUUCUCCUUUGACUACGAAUAUAUUGACGCUGUUACUAAGAGAAGGUUGGGUGCUCUUGUACAUGUGACUAAUGUUUCUGGCUAUGACAUUGAAACACCCCGAUCACUAAUUGGUAAGACGUACUACCUUAUUUUGAGCAAUGCAAAAGAUAAAUUUGGAUGCGAGGUAAUUAUUAGCGACAGUGCGAAACAAGUAAAGAUUGUCAGUAGACCAGAUGUUCCUGAACUUGAAUUGGUUACCACAUAUUCCAAGAUUCAGAUCGUUGAGGGUCAAUUUGUCGAUGUACCUGUCAGAUACAAGUCAUCCAUUGGACAACAAAGAAAUGACGUGGUGAUCUUGAAACAUCAGAGUCUACAAGGUGAUUCCUUGAAGAAUAGGAGGGCAGAUUUGAGACAAUCGUCAAUACGUAUUUACGAGGAGGGAAUUUACAGCUUGGAUUCUUUCUUGAAUGACAAUUGUGAAGGUAACAUCAUCAACAAGGAGAAAAAAGUAACUGUCACUUUCUACGAUAAACCAUCAAUGAAUAUUACAUUUGCUGAUGAGUAUUUACAGCAUAAAGAUGAUUCGUUGCUCCAUUUGAAACCUGUUUGUAAUGGCGCUGUGAGUGAGAUUGGUUUGCAACUCAAGGGUAAAGCACCAUUUUUGAUUGAUUAUGAGAUUAAAUUGCCAAGUGGUAAAGUUGAAAGUCACACGAUGAAUGUAGAAGGACAUCGCAUUAAAAUCAAGUUGCCCACUAGGGACAAUGGUCAAUAUGAACACACCUUUAGAAAGAUUUAUGAUGCUCAUUACACUAGGCAAAGUAAAGUCCCAUUUGCCGAUGUUCCAAAAGUUGUUUAUCAAGUUAACCGCUUACCUGCAGCUCUGUUUAUUCCAGAUAAAAAUUUUGCACAAGUGUGUGAAAAUAGGGUCCAUGAUGAGGCAAUAGUGGCCAAAAUCCCAAUAAAGUUAUCCGGGAAUUAUCCAUUUGAUAUUGAAGCCAUCAUCCAAAAUGAAGCCUCUGGGGAAAGUCAAAAAGUGAGGUUUAGGAAUGUCAUGGAGCCAUACUUAUCAUUGCAAAGUACGAAAUUCUUACAACUUGGAGACUACUCGAUUGCCUUGGUUAGCAUUAAGGAUAGUAAUGGCUGUAUAAACGGGAAACUCAAAAAUACUGUGAAAUACAUCCUAUCAAUCACCGAACCUCCUAAUAUAUUUAAGUCAUCAGAUAAACUACAAUAUUGUGUUGGAGAUCAUGUUGGUUACAAUCUAACAGGUGUAUCACCCAUCACCAUUUUCUACCAAUACGACAAUGUGCCUAGGAAAGCUGAAGUACAUCACCGAUUUGUUAGAUUAGCCUCAAAACCAGGGAUUUUGAAUAUCCAAGCAUUGAAGGAUGCGGGUGAAAAUUCAUGUGUGGUGAAUUUCACUUCGGAUAGUCAAAAAUUUAAAGAAUUGCAGCUUCAGGUGCAUGAGUUGCCAAGCGUCGAAGUUAACAAGGGUGAUUACAUAGUUGAAGACAUUCAUCAAGGUGACCACACAGAGUUGGUCUUUUCCUUUACAGGUGAACCCCCAUUCAAAUUGACAUACAUUAGAACUAUCGAAAUUAAAAGGGACCAAAAGAAGGUGAGAAAAUUGUUAGAGAAGGAAACUAUUAGUGAUAUAUGGGAUCGUGAUUUCGUUGUAUCUGCCAGUCUUGAGGGAACAUAUGAGGCCAUUGAGGUACAAGACAAGUUCUGUCGGGCUGUAAAAUCAAUCCAUUACAUAGAAUAG